AUGUCGACGUGGGCCUCUCGCCUCUCCUCGAGCAAGUCGGUGUCGCCGACAUCGGGGACGGCAAACCGUGGGGCGGCAACGCUGCGUGACUUCUCUUCAGUGUCCGACACCGCGUCACCGACAAGCAUGGUGAGCGGUGGGGGCGCCGGCGCCGACGUCGGUGCUGGCAGUAGAAAUGCUGCCGCGCUUCUUCGUGAGGAGUUCCGCGCCGUUGCGGAGGUGUACAAUGAACAGAACGUGUGUCUGCUGCACCUCCCGCCGGACUGCUGGGAUAUGACGGCAAAGUACCUCUCCUACAUGGACGUCAUUGCCCUCGGCCAAGCCUGUCGCUUUCUGUGGAAAGUGCUGCACAAGCUCGACAGCUUGUGGCGCCGCCAGCUCAGCUACUUCUACAACGACAUGCGCGACCUUCGAGGCGGGAAGCUUCUCUGCACAGCCCCGCUCUUCCCAGAGCCGCCUUGCAGUCGCAGCACGAGUCACCAAGGGAGCAUGGGUGCGCUGACAGGGUCAGCAAGGGGGCAAGAGUGGCCGCGCAAGGCAUGGCAUCAGCCGUACAUGUCGGCCUACGAGCGGUUUUUUCAGGAGCGACGUGUAUAUGUGCUGGACUCGCAUCGAGAAUGGCAUUUCCAAGAGCUGGCGGACGUGGAGGACAAGUCCACAGGCAUGUUCACAGUCGCGCUGCACGACGGCCGCGUCGAGGCUGUGACAGCGGCCGCCUCCCCUCUCUCGGCGGACCCCUUCUCAUUCUCCGGUGCGUGGUCCGCAUCGCCGAUUUUUGCGAACGCCGUCGACAGCACGCGGGAGUGGUUGCUUGCUGCCCCUUCGUCGCCGGCGUCCUUUGCAGCGUCGCAGCCGCCGGCGUCACCCGCGCAGACACCGACGCCGCUGCACGCUCGCACCACAUCCACGCAGACAAAUGGGACGUCGAUUGGCAGCAGCCCAGCGCUCGCGCCAGCCGCUGCACCGUCUACCCCGCCGCUGCUGCCACGCGUCGGUGAGCCGAUCAUCAAUGAGCGCAAUCCCCUCCUGCGUCUGCGCGUGUACACGAUUGAGCCGGUGGAAACGGAGGAGAACAGAGACGACGAAGCCGCAGAAGUGGCCGCGGAUGCGAGUAGGAUCGAUGAGGAGCGCCACCGCAGUCACGUCUCGCUAGCCUCGAGCAUCUCGGCCAGUCUUUCCGGGAUGACGGAGGAACAGGUGAUUGAGUAUGUGAUGCGGCUGUCUCUCGCGGAAGCGCAGCAGACGACUUCACGGUCUUCUCCGUCGGCGCCAGCCACCGAGGCACCAUCGAACGCGAAGCCCGCGGCAACAGAUCCGGUGGGCUCUGCCACACAGCAGCAGCCGAAGCUGUACCGGCAUCGCCACUACCGCGGUGCCAAUCCAGCGGCAUCUCUGCCGCUCAGCGAGCUUCUCGCCAUCCUCGACGCGUUCACCAACAACGCUUCCGAUCAGCUGCAGUACCAUCACGUGCGGAACUGCACAGAGGACGAGGAUCCGGCGUUUCUGCAGCGUCUUUCUGAGACGCUCCGUAGCGCGAAGCACCGGCGGCUGCACCUCGGCAAUCAUCACCGAGCCGUGCGCAACAACGGGCAAACGACGCGCAACCGUGCGGGACGGUCAGCCGGGGCAGGAUCGGCCGAUGCGCCCUCUCUCAGUCUCUCUGCCGCCGGCACGGCCACGCCGCCGCAGCAGCCGCCUCCGAUGAACCGCAUGCUGCGCGGCUUUCACGGAGACCUGUUGGAGAUUACAGAGCGAGAAGCGCAGCUGGUAGCUGGCACGCUGCUUGGCAUGCCUCGCGCGAUUGACGAAUUUGUGGCCUUCCGGUGCUACGACCCGGCGCUGCUGUACCACAGGCUGCACCCAUCGAGCACGGCCAUCGAUAGGGUUGACACCCGAGGCACACCUCGAGAGGCGCGGGGAGAGGCGCCGUGGCUCAAAGAUAACUCUGUGCUCUCGGACAGCGUGUCGCACAUUAGCAGGCAGACCACUCAAGUAGGAAGCAGUGAGCCUACCUACCAGUCUGUCGAGACACCCGCCGCCAUACCGCCAUUGACAACGCGGACGCCGCCGCUGAGGCCGCUCCCGUUCUUUACACGCUUCUUUCUCGCACCCGAGUUGUGCCACGACGGUUACAUUGCCCUCAUCGUCGUGGACGUGGUUCGUGCACUCGUCAUAGUGGAGAAGGAGGUCGUCACCACGGACAACCCAGAUUGGGCCUCGCCCUUGAUCGCGCGUGGUGGCCGCGUGGUAGUGCACGGCCAGGGGUACAACGCCCAAGCCUACACACGCGACGAGUACAACUACGUACCGCUGAACCCCACACGACGCCGCCGCAACUCGGACUCGGGGGAAUGA